AUUUUGGACUUCAGCCGUCUCUGAUUCCAGCCGUCCGAGGUGGGUGCCGCACCCCCUAGCCAGACAGCAGCCCCCUCACCACCCCCGCGCCACCGAAGAUGGGCUGCAGCGGGAGCAAGCAGGCCGGCGCAGCGCUGCCCGCGGUGGCCAAGGCGCCCCCUUCGCCCACGAUGCUGACGGCGCCGGCGCCGGCGCCGGUGAAGCCCAGCGGCAAGGGCUCCGGGAAGGGCAGGGGCGGCGGCAAGGGCAGGGCCAAGGCGGGCAGGUUCCAGAUCAAGCUCUCUGGCGACUUCAAGGAUUACGAGCCAGAGGAGGACGCCGUCCUGAAGAAGGCCUACCUCGUCGGGCAGAAGAACUGCAGGUUCCAGCUGCGGGGCCAGAGCUACGAGUAUAGCUUCCAGAACAUGACGCAGACGAACCUGGGCACGAAGAAGGUCCGCGACAUCCGGCCGCCCAUGAACAUGCCGCAGCCGUCAGCGCCGCUGCUCCCCGCGGGCCCGAUGGUCGUGAUCACGGUGCGGAAGGGCCAGGCCGGGAAGGAGAUCGAGAUCGACGACCCCAACAACAGGGGCAGGAAGAUCAAGGUGAACGUCCCGCCGGGGGCCAAGGCGGGCCAGAAGAUGGCGGUGCCCGUGCCGGAGGUCGGGGAGUCCGUGGCGGCCGUGGCGGAGAAGCAGCAGAAGCACGGCGCCGCCGCACGGCUCGCGCUGGGCGUCGGCGGCGUCGCUGCGGUGGGCGCCCUGGCGGUGGGCGGCGUCGUCCUCGGGGACCACCUCACGGGCGGGCACCUCGGGGUCGCCGACGCGGCCGAGGGAUACGCCGAGGACGUCGCAGACUGGGCGCCCGGGGCCGCAGAGGACGCGGGCGACUGGGCGGCGGGCGCCGCCGAGGACGCCGGCGAGUGGGCCACGGGGGCCGCCGAGGACGUCGCCGACUGGGCCGAGGGCGCGGGGGAGUGGGCGGAGGGCGCCCUCGAGGAUUCGGUGGACUGGCUCGAGGGCGCCGCGGACGACGUCGGGGACUUUGUCACCAGCCUGUUCUAGGCGCCAGGCCCGCACCGGGCUCGGUAGUCAGUGGUCGGCCCUGGCGCGCCUAAAGGACCGCGCCAGGCCUCUUGCUCACCACCCUCCUCCUGUGCGAGCCGCCGGGAGCGGCCAUGAGCUCCCAGUGCGGGGUACGCCCCCUCUCCCUGGGCGCGCCUAAAGGGCCGCGCCGCGUCUUGGCCGAGCGUCCGGAGCCUCUAAGCAGGACGGGCCUCGGCUUCCGCCUUCCUCCCCGACUCGCGCCGGGUCCCUGCAUAAGGCCUCGGGCCAGGCUGCCAUGGGGGCCUUCGGAGGCAGGCUCCCGCACCCUUUUUUUGCAACCUACGCUGCAGCUGCUGCCCUCGAGCGGGAGCCUGCGGCGGGAGAGAACAAAGCUCUGGACUCCUGCGCCGCGGUGGUGCAGCGCCUUGGAUGCGCUGUAUUGCUUCUCGCGCUCAUGGCGCCAGGGGCUCCAUUGGGUCC